AUGUACCAAGAAGAUGACAGCCAGACGGGGGCCUUUCGGUGGGCGUGGUGCAUUGUAUGUCGUCAAUCUUUCACACCUCCGCCAAGGGAUAUCACAGCAGCAACUACCGCGGAGGUUUGUCAAAGGCAGUCGACUUCUAGCCUCUAUUACACCACCUGCAGCAUUGUCUGUGUCCAGCUACUGCGCUCAUAUAGUUUUCAGCUUGGCCUAUCAGCCCUGACGCUCGAAGAAAACAACUUUCCAGCUACCACGACUGAACUCAAUGACAAUUUACAUGAUGUCUCCAGUCAUCAGUCCCCAGAUCCGCCAUUGGUUCUCGACAAUACAGACUCAAGAGAGUCGUCAUUCUCACCACCGCAGCCGUUACCGCUUCCCUUCACAUUGGAUUCGUUUGCAUAUGGUACAGAACUGUUUCCGCCGCUCUUCAACAUUGCUCCCCCAGAUCAGGAUCAGCCAGGCCAUCAAGUCACUGGCGGACUCGAUCAGUGGUCACCUGGCCCAUUACACAGGGAAAAGAAGGAGUCAAGCUCAGUCACGAAAAAGCCCAACCCCAUCUUCCAAUGCCUUUUCCCAGGCUGCAAUCUUAACCUUCGGGAGAGCCGAGCGCUCAACCGACACAUUUGGUCUGAACACAGGGAGUGGGCACAAGCAAACAAUGUCGAGCGGCGUGAAGAGAUCAAGUGCCCUCAUCCAGGAUGUCCGCGUCGAGGAAGGAAGGACAACAUCAUGCGCCACUUCAGGACCAAGCACAAGGAAACUGGUGCUUCUUAG